CAACCAUGAUCUCCCAACACAAACAACUUCUAUCACAACUCUAUAAAUACAUUACACACUCUUUUGUUCAUUACCAACAAACUAAGCAAAGGUAAAAAAAAAAAAACGACAACAUGCAGGUAGAGAGAGUACAAGCUUUGUCCCAUGGAGGCCUUCACGAGCUACCUGCACAAUUCAUCCGGCCAGCCCACGAGAGGCCGGAGAACAGCAAAGCAAUCGAAGGAAUGACAGUGCCCGUGAUCUCAUUAUUGCUGCCACACGAUGAGCUUGUGCAUGAACUAUCAAAGGCGUGCAGCGAGUGGGGAGUUUUCCUCAUGACUGAUUAUGGAAUCUCUGCAUCUUUGAUUCCGAGGCUGCAAACAGCUGGGCAGGAGUUCUUUAACCUGCCUCCGGAGGAGAGAAGAAAGCUAUGCAAAUGA